AUGCAUCCAAACGUUACUUCCGAUGCAGCCAUCAAUUUACCACCGGUUGAUCCGGUUUUCUUAACAUGGGAAGGUUUAUCGGUAACUGCAAAAAAAACGAAACGAUUAUUACUGCAUGAUGUUACGGGGAUUGCUCAACCAGGACAACUAAUCGCUUUAAUGGGUGCAAGUGGUGCUGGAAAGACAACAUUAUUGAAUGCUUUAUUGCAUCGAAAUGUAAAAGGUCUAAAAAUUAGCGGUGUUGUAAAAGUAAAUGGCGAAAUAGUUUCCGCUUAUAUUCAACAACAAAAUUUAUUCAUCAAUUCAUUAACAGUUUACGAGCAUCUCAUUUUACAAGCAGCUCUUCGUUUGCCAUCAUCAUUUACAAAACGUGAAAAGGAAUUUCAUUUGGAAUUGGAACGUUGCAUUAAUUCACGUAUCGGCGUAUCAGGUAUAGAAAAAGGUAUCACAAGCGGUGAAGCAAAACGUUUAUCAUUUGCUACGGAAAUUUUAACAAAUCCAUCUUUGCUAUUUGCUGAUGAACCGACAACUGGAAUUGAUUCUUUUAUGGCAUAUCAUAUUGUGAAAGUUCUUGAACGAAUGGCAUCCGAAAAUGGAAAAACAAUCAUUUGUACAAUUCAUCAGCCAGCAUCUGAUAUAUUUGAAAUGUUUGAUCGAGUAGUUUUCCUUGCUAAUGGAAAAAUUGCCUUUCUUGGUUCACCAUCAGAAGCUUUACGAUUUUAUGCCGAUAUUGGGUAUCCUAUUCCAGCUCAUACUAAUCCAGCUGAUUUUUUCAUUCAAAUAUUGGCUAUUGUUCCAGGAGAUGAAGAAAAGUGUAUAGAACGUACCAGUCAAAUUGUUAAUGCGUUUAGGAAAUCUAAAUAUGAAAUAAAACUGCUUGAAUAUUUACAAUUUGCCAAUAAACAUUUUCGAGCCCAACCUGUCGAGCAUGGCAAAGCAUCUAUUUCAACCCUUGUUUAUGCGUUAUUUAUAAGAUCAAUCAAGCAAAAUUUAAGAAAUCCAGCUUUAUUAUGGGCAAAACUUGUACAAAAAAUUGUAAUGGGCUUAUUUUUGGGUACAUUAUAUCUACAAACUGAGAUGAAUCAAGACGGUAUUAUUAAUAUUAAAGGAGCAUUAUUCUAUUAUAUCUCCGAGUUAACAUAUUCAACUAUAUUUGGUAUUCAGACUUUCUUACCAUCUGAUUUUCCGUUACUGGUGCGGGAAUAUCAUGAUGGCAUAUAUCCGGUUAUAUGCUAUUACUUAUCAAUGAUAAUGUCAUAUUUACCAAUUUUUACGAUCGAUGGUAUAUGCAUGGUAUGUAUCAGUUACUACCUGAUAGGUCUGCAUCCAACAUUUACAACAUUUCUUAUUACUUUGCUUAUCUGUAUAUUAAUUGAAUGGUCUGCUAUUAGUAUUGGCAUUAUGCUAAGUUCGAUUUCUCCAUCAUAUGCAAUAGCCCUAUCGAUAUCAGGCCCACUAUUAACUGUUCUAUCCAUUACCGGCGGUCUUUAUAGCAAUGUAAGAACGAUUCAUGAAACAAUGCGAUGGGUUCAGUAUUUCAGUUGGUUUCGUUUUGGCUAUGAAUCAUUGAUAAUAAACGAAUUUUUACAUUAUGACAAUAUUACAAUUUGUGAAAAUAACGGAAAAUCGGUAAUUAAUAAUUUGAAUUUUGAAGCAAAUAAUAUGCAUAUGAAUAUGGGUAUUAUGAUAUUUUACACUUUAUGUGUUUUUAUUAUCGGUUAUAUUGGUCUUGUAUUACGUGUACAGCUUGCUCGUUAG